GUCGCCCCAUUAAUUUGGCUUAUCCCCCAGCACGUGUAAUUAACAUCAGCCAGAAGAGAUCUACAAACUAAAAAGCCAAAAAUAGAAGGAAAAAAAUGCCAAAAAAAAAAGGCAAAAAAAAAAUAAAAGAAAACCAAGAACCAAGAACAACUUAAAACGAAGCGAGAUUAAUGGAUUUAAUCGCGAUGAAAGCGUGAGUUUUUUGUUAAAAAAAAAUUCCGUGAUAAGCGUUUGCGAUAAGGAGCAAAAAAAAAACUAGAGCUCAUUAGGACGGGGCGGCGGUUGAGUCUUAAAUUUUUCGGCUAUAAAAGCCGGGAUCUUUGGCCAAAAAGAGCACAGUCUAGCUUCCAAUCCAAUAGCUUCCAACACCAAGCCAAGCAAGAUGCAUCCAACUCUGAGGUUUCCUCUAGCCCUGUUGCUAACCAUUUGUCUCGGUGUAGAGCUGGGCAAUACGGCGCCCGGGAACGUGGCCCAACUGGUAGUGCCCUUGACCCUGACCGAGUUCCAGUUCCCGCUGGAGGUGAAGGAGGAGAUCCGUGAGGAUCCCGAACCGAGAGUGCGAAAUUCCGCCAACAUUGUUGGGGAUUUCCAGGGACGCAAUUUUUUCAAGCACUCACCGCCACCCUCGACCACCAUCAUUAUAAUGCCAUCUCCGGGCAAUAGCACCAUCAACAAUACUUUGACAUCCUCCUCGACUCCGGCCUCAACUACAACAACUCGAACCGAUGACUUCCUUCGCACUCCCAUCGCCGUGCCCUAUCCGGUCAACUUCCCAGUGCAGUCGCCGGCCUAUCCGAUGCAGUUCUUCCGCCAGCGCCAGGAUCAGACCCCCGCCCUGUCCUAUCCCUCGGCCAUAUUCGGCUGGAGCGGAGCGGAGCAGGCUCUCCUUGGCGGCGGACUGGGAGCCGAUGCCGGCUACUCAUCGCUAGCGUCUAUCCGGUCUCCGGUACCCAUGGUGCCCAUCACCAUCGGCAACGAGGUGCGCUACGUCCCCCUGAAUCUCCGCAUGUUCCGGCAGCUGAUCCCCAACCGCCCCGCUAUCCGGGAGAGCGAGGACCCCGCCGGAAACGACGACCUCUCGCCCUUCGUCCAGGAGGUCGAGGAGGUAGCCGACGAGGAGGACACCGCCGAUAACUCCGAGGGGCUGGGCCUCUUCGCCCAGCGCUUCCGCCAGCGCAGGAGGCGGCCUCUGCAGAACCUCCGCCGGGUUCAGUACCUCUAAGGAGAUGAUCCAGGACCUCUGUCAAGACCCACCCGCAAACGGCUAAUCAUAAC